AUGAGAUUGCUUUCAACUACACUUUCAGAUGAGUUGCAAAUUGAUUUUAAAAUUAUUAGAUGUGGUGCUCACUCAAUUGCUCUUGUAGUUAAUGCUGGUUUGGGAAAAUUUAAACCUAUUAUUGAUAAAGUACGAGCUUUUAUUAUAGAAGUUUUAUUUCAUUUUGGAGGCUCUUGUGAAAUUGGAGACGGAAACUCCACCUUUGAUUUUUGGGAUUCAUACUUCUAUUUUUGGGUUACGAGCAGAUCUGAUAAGUCUAGUAUUAGAUCAUACUGCAUAGGGGUUGAAAUAUUAGACAGCCGGACCAAUACAUGGCUUCUAGGUUUCAGAUUUGACGGGACAUUAGAUGGUCCCAAUCUUUUUAAAUUGCUUCGUUUGAAUACUAUUUCUUUAAUGAGAUGUUGUGACGGGCUGUUCACCACCGCAAGAUGCUGCCACCAUCUUGGUCACAAGGGUAAAGAAAAAUACAUAAAGAAUUCAGUUCGUUACGAGACUAAAUUUCUAAGUGUUGAAACUCGGAAAAAGUCUUCCCUAAAAUCAAGAGGAAAAUUUGAGUUAUUUUAUACCAGUUGGGGUUUCACUAAUUUCUAUGUGAUACUAAAAUAUUAUUGGUAUUUCUAA